CAGAAUAUCACAUUCAAAUUAAAUAAAAAGAAAAGGGAAAAAACAUACACCCAUUCACCAACUAACAUUCGAUCGUUACAAUAUUAAUAUUGUGUUGUGUGAAUAUGGUAGUUAAGGUGUUCGGUUCUGCAACAGCGGCAUGUCCGCAGAGGGUGAUGGCAUGUCUCUUUGAGCUUGGUGUGGAUUUUGAGCUUAUCCAUAUUGACCUCCAGUCCUUCGAGCACAAAACUCCUGAGUUUUUGCGUCGCCAGCCCUUCGGACAGGUUCCGGCUAUUGAGGAUGGAGACUUCAAGCUUUUCGAAUCCAGGGCGAUCAUAAGGUACUACGCAACAAAAUAUGCAGAAAAAGGCAAGAACCUAAUGGGAAAGACGGUCGAAGAGAGAGGCGUGGUGGAUCAAUGGCUAGAAGUGGAAUCCAACAACUACAACGACCUAGUCUACAACAUGGUUCUUCAGAUGUUUGUGUUCCCCAGCAUGGGACAGCCCAGCGACAUGAGUGUGGUGAAGAAAUGUGCAGAAAAGCUGGGGAAAGUGUUGGACGUUUAUGAAGAAAGGCUUUCAAAGAGCAAAUACCUGGCCGGAGAUUUCUUCUCCUUGGCUGAUCUUAGCCACCUCCCCAGCCUCAGAUUCUUGACCAACGAAGGUGGUUUUGGGCAUUUGGUGAGUGAGAGGAAGUGUUUGAAUGCUUGGUAUUCCGACAUCUCUGCCAGGCCUGCUUGGAACAAAGUGUUGGACCUCAUCAAUAACCAAAAAAAUUGAUCCAGUUUUAUUAUAUUAUUAUAUUUCCCUUUCUCGUGUUUUAUUAUUUGUAUAUUUUCUCUACGUUAUCCCUUCCUAAUAAACUUAUCCUUGCAUCCUAAUCAAAGUUAUAGGGUUAUUAAAUUGGGAUA